UUUAACUAAUGAUUAAUGGGUGUUCUUGUUUCAGGCCAUCGAACAAUUCUCCAUAUUGAUGAAUCUGAAAACAUCAUGACUGUGAAUGAAUCCAUCACAGAUUGCAAAAUCAACAUUAACAACAGAAAAACAUUUAACAAUUACUUUGAAAAUACACCAUCAUUAGAUACUGAACUUCAAAACAGAUUUCCGUUAGACAAAAGACCACCAGGGGAGCCUAAGGGAUUAUCUCCAGGGUCUUCGUGUAUUUCGAAAUCGGAAAAUGUUUUGUAUGUUCAGAAAAAUAUCAACAGUAGCAUGAUCAACAUUGAUAACACAAAAGAAGUCCACAACUAUGCUCUUUCCAAAGAUGGACAACCUUUCGAAGUUUCACUGAAACUUGAUCAACUAUCAGUGGGCAACCUCUCCAUUGUAGAGAACCAGAAGUCUUAGAUGUAUUCAUCUGCCUUACAGGAAGAUUUAUACUUGAAGACCGACAAACGGAUCUGACAGGAAAGGACGCUGAUAGAUUCAACUUUUUAUUUGUUACAGAAGACUUCAUAUUAUAUUUCCAUACCAAAUGUAUAGAUUUUAUAACAUAGUGAUACAGCACUUUAAAGGCAUACUGUCACGGAUUUAAGGACCUUAUUUCUCUAAAAAUGGAUAAUAAAUAAAAAUUACAUUGAUUGUUGGAAACCAAAUCUAGCUAUCGUAUCAACUUAACUGAACCUGAACCGUGAUGGAGUGAAAUCCAUGUCAACCCUCUCGGCAAUUUUAGUUUUUGAAUUAUGGACCAUUGCCAUAAUUCAAUUAUUUUUACAACAUAUCAUUAAUAAAUGGAGUAUGGUGGUUAUAAAGAUGG